GCCCUAGAACGUGCUGACCAAUUGUGUAAGUCUGUGGGCGGGGCUUAGUUGGACGUUUCCUAUUGCAUCAUCACCGUCGUCCCAUGGACUGACUUGUUUGUUGUCGAGCAAGAUGGAGUUCCUUCUGGGAAAUCCUUUCAGUACCCCGGUGGGUCAUUGUGUCGAGAGAGCCACUGAUGGGUCCCUGCAGAGUGAAGACUGGACCCUCAACAUGGAGAUCUGUGACAUCAUCAAUGAGACAGAGGACGGGCCGAAGGACGCCAUGAGAGCGGUGAAGAAGCGGCUGAGUGGCAACAGGAACUACAGGGAAGUGAUGCUGACUCUCACGGUUCUAGAGACGUGUGUGAAGAACUGCGGCCAUCGAUUCCACGCCUUGGUGACCAGUAAGGACUUUGUGGACGGCGUCCUCGUUAAAGUCAUCUCUCCUAAGAACAACCCGCCCACCAUCGUUCAAGACAAAGUCCUGGCUCUGAUCCAGGCUUGGGCCGAUGCGUUCAGGAGCAGUCCGGACCUCACAGGUGUGGUUCAGGUGUACGAGGAGCUGAAGAGGAAAGGCAUCGAGUUCCCCACCUCAGAGCUGGAGACGCUGUCGCCCAUCCACACCCCUCAGCGGGUGGCGUCGGCUCCAGAGGGCGACUCCGCGCUCCACAAGUACAGCAGCAGCAGCAGCAGCAGCAAGACUAAAGCUGCGCCGCAGCCCAUCCCACCGGCCUACAGCGCGCCGCAGGCCCCCAGCCUGCAGCCGGGUGGCGCCGUCACCCCCAGUCCUGAGCAGAUUAGCAGGCUCCGCAGCGAGCUGGACGUCGUCCGUGGAAACACCAAGGUGAUGUCAGAGAUGCUGACGGAGAUGGUGCCGGGGCAGGAGGACACUUCAGACUACGAGCUGCUGCAGGAGCUGAACAGGACGUGCCGAGCCAUGCAGCAGAGGAUAGUGGAGCUCAUCUCCUGCGUCUCCAACGAGGCGGUGACUGAGGAGCUGCUGCACGCCAACGACGACCUCAACAACAUUUUCCUCCGCUAUGACAGGUAUGAGCGAUUUCGGUCCGGCAGAUCCUCGGCUCAAAGCGUCAACAACGGGGUGCUCAGUGAGGCCACAGAGGACAAUCUGAUUGACCUUGGACCCGGCUCGCCAGCGGUGGUCAGCAACAUGCCCAGCGCCGCUCCGUCCAGCCUGCCCCCCACCCUGAGCAUCGCUGCAGGGAGGCCCUCGUCCCCAGCCUCCCUGGCCUCCCGCCUGGCCGGUUUAGACGUGGGUGCCGACAGUGUCAGUAGCACGCUGAGCUCGCUCAGCAGCUGCAAGCCGGCGGCAGCGCAGGACGACUUUGAUGUGUUCGCUCAGACUCGGAGCGGCACGCUGGCAGAACCACACAGAACGUUGUCUGCAGCGGACGGCCCUCCACCCACACUGGAUGUCCAGCAGCCAGCCGCUGCAGGCGCGGGCCGGGAGCGUCAGUCCUCUGUCAUGGAUGACAUAGAGGAGUGGCUGAGCACCGAUGUGAAAGGAGACGAAGGAGAGGAAGGCGUGACCAGCGAAGAGUUCGAUAAGUUCCUGGAGGAGCGGGCCAAGGCCGCCGAGACCGGCCCGCCGUCGCCCCCCAGUGGCGCGGCGCAGGCAACGCCCAGCAGGAAGAAGACGGGGAGACAGGAAGACGGUCUGCUGGCCAUGUAGCCCAUCGGUCCCCGUCGAUCCCCCUCUACGUCUCCGGAGCAGAACGGCUGUAGCCCAGAGACGUCCAGGUCACCCACUUCCUGCUUCCUGUUUCCCACUUUCCUUUUCCAGACGUUUUCAGUAACUGAGGCAGGACGGCCCUCAGAUCAGCACUGGGUUUGUUUUAGCUGCUCUUCAGCAGAACCGACCCGUUUGGUUCAGUAGGACUGACCGUCCUCUCUGAUGUUUGUCCUAGUCAAAUCAUCCCCCAGUCGGUUUGUAAAUGUGUAAAUGUUUGGUGUAUAUUUGGCUCCGUGCUUCAGAGUCGCUGAUUUCAUUAGUUUCUGUUCAGAACAAAAAGGGAAACACCUCCACGAUGCGACAGGAAGAAGAAAGGCGGGAACUUCCUGUUGGUCCAACUGAAGCUGCUGGCAGUGCCGGCCCCAAAGCCCCCGGGGCCCAAAGCCCCCGGGCCCAAAGCCCCCGGCCAAAGCCCCCGGGGCCCAAAGCCCCCCGACGCCCACCGCAGGGCCCCUUGCAUUACAUCCUGACUGUUAAAAGAAACUGCUGCCGCAGUGUUUGCUCAUGCCUUGGGCCGGCUCUGCCUUCACUGUUUGUUUUGUCCUGAAUUCGUUUCAGUUUUACUUCCUGUUUCUGAUUCAGCUUCACACUACAGAUGCAUUUUGCACAUCAUCAUUGUUGUUAUUAAUCCAAUGAUUUGCUGACAUCUGCAGAGGCCUGACCUUUCAACUGCAGAGGCCUGACCUUUCAACUGCAGAGGCCUGACCUUUCAACUGCAGAGGCCUGACCUUUCAACUGCAGAGGCCUGACCUUUCAACGCCACGAGUUUUCACAAACGAGUCGCCGCGCUUAGUCGCCAUGACGACGAGCGUUUCCGUUGAGCUGCAGCUUUAAUUUAUUUUCUGAUCAGUAUUUAAGUAUUUUAUUGAACUGAGGAUCAACUGGCAUCAUGUCUGGACUUUAAUGUUGUUGCUUCUGUUCCUGCGGAAGAGAUUCCUACCCCCUCCCCCACCCACUGCUGGAUUUAUGUUGUUGCUUGAAAUCAAACGAUGACAAUGAAGGUCCCUGUCUGAAGUCACCAGAACAAUAACCAACAUGAAGAUUGCACUUUUUAGAGAUUUCCUUUGGUUUCCAGGGUUUUGUUGCCGCCAUGUUGGAUCUGAACUCGGAGCCGCCAUGUUGGAUCUGAACUCGGAGCCGCCAUGUUGGAUCUGAACUCGGAGCCGCCAUGUUGGAUCUGAACUCGGAGCCGCCAUGUUGGAUCUGAACUCGGAGCCGCCAUGUUGGAUCUGAACUCGGAGCCGCCAUGUUGGAUCUUUCUGUUCUUUGUGUUGCUUCAAUUCUGCAUGAUCUCUAAAUAAAAUAAUCUGUGAUCUGCUUCCA